UGUUGUUAAACAAACGGAACACGGGUGAGCCGAAAGAACGGAAUGUUUUGUUGAAAUCUCCUGACCAUGGAGGUACCAUCCCCAGUGGAGGGCUGUGCUGAAGCCCAGGCAGCACCCACACCCACAAAGCAGACCAAGAAGCCAAAUCAAGCCCUGUAUGUCCCCAAGCAACGUCUUCCUGCAUCCAAAGACAAAACUCAGACUCAGGGAGAAGGCAAACCUAGACCCAGACCUCGGUACACAGACAAGGCUCGAAAAAAUGCAAAAAACAGGAAGGACAAGGCAGGAGGAGCAGAUAAGGCAGCACUUGCUGGAGGAGAUGGAGGAGAGCUACCAAACGACGUCGACAAGCCUGAGGCGAAGGAGGAGCGGUUACAAGAUGCGGAGGCGGGGGUUAACGGGUCCGUUUCAACUCAUGUAGAGGUGGAGGCUCAACUGGAAACGAUGUCUCUUGAGGAAGAAAAGGAGGAAGAGGAGAGCUGGGACACCUUGUUCAACGAUGAUGGAGACUGUUUGGAUCCACAUCUUCUUGAAGAGCUCGCUGUUAGGGAAGGUAAAAAGAAAGCGUCAAUCCAGGAGCCCAGAUUCGAUUACUACAACAUGGACGGAGACGACGACGAUGACAUUGACCUCAGGGAGGAUGAACUCGCUCACAUUGUGGAGAUCUACGACUUCCCUACAGACUUCAAGACAGAAGACCUCCUCAAGUUAUUUCAGUGCUACCAGAAGAGAGACUUUGAUAUUAAGUGGGUCGACGACACACACGCCCUGGGACUGUUCUCUAGUCCUGUAGCAGCCCGUGAAGCUCUACGAUCCAAACAUCCUCUGAUGAAGCUGCGUCCGCUCUCCAAAUCCUCCUCGGCCACCAAAGCAAAAGCCCGGAGCUGCUCAGAUUACCUCCUGCCUGCCAAAGAGAGACCUCAGACGAGUGCGGCGCUGGCUCGGAAGCUGGUGAUCGGUGCCCUCGGUGUAAAAAGUAACCUGACGAAGGAGCAGCGCGAAGCAGAGAGGAAGAAACUGCAGGAGGCCAGAGAACAGAAGCGUUUGGCAGCCAAACAGAGGGAAGAUGCUUGGGAGGGGAAGUGACUGGGAAUUGGUGUUUGUUUCUUUUUUCUUGUUUCCUCAUUCAGCAGAAGCUUAAAACUUCUGUUUCUCCAGUUUUUUUUGUUUUUUUUUUUUAACCGGCCACUCCUUCCUACCACCACACUUCCCAGAAAUGGAUUCCCACCAUCUUUUUUUUCCCUCCUGCAACAGUCCUUCGCUGCAGCCGGACCUCUCGUCCUUCGCCCUCCGAUAGAGCGAGUGUUACAUCAGUUGAAUGCGUCACGCUGUCGUCCUCUCACCUUUUGUGUUUUUAAAAGGACCCUGCCUGCCCCGGGCUGCAGGUUUUAUUCUGAUCUAUUGUAGAACACUGAACCCAGUUUAAAGAGUGAAUCAAGACGGUAUGCCCUGUAUAUAAAUCCAAAACCUCGUCUCCAUUAGCUCAUGAAUUUUAGAAAGUGUUCGAUGAAAAGGUGUUUUUUUUUUAAAGUGAUUGUUAAAAUUCAGUAAAAUCAUGCAGAACUUCCAAUAUAUUUAAGAUACACCUGGAAUCUUUAAAUUCUCAUUUAUGUAUCAUGACAGCAGAAGCCAGUGAGGACCGAUAAUGCUCGUUUUCACAGUUUUAUUAAAGCUGGUAAUCAUUGACAUAACAUUUGAAAAUACUGACCCACUAUUUAAUUUAUUCGACCAUCUUCUGUCUAAAACUGUUUUCAGGAGAUUUUUGUUAUAACGGCCCUCAGCAUAUGUAAUUUGACCCCAGCCUCACUGUAUCGCCUGCUGUUUGUGUGCGCGGGGGCCUGUGAAGAAACACCCGGUGAGCCGGCAUGAGUUUUCAAAGCGUUGUGAUGUGUUUUAAUGUGGGUCUGUCGUGGUUUGAACUUCGAUUAUGAAAUAAAUCCGAGCUUGUUUGUGUCACAUAAUUGACUGACCAGUGGAGGAAAUAAAUAUUUGAUACAC